GUCACUUAGAAGAGUGCACAAGUUAUCAGGAGUGCGGCUGUAGGAUAGUUCGUCUGAACUCUACUUGAAACAACUUUUGGUAGACAGCAAAUUGUUUCAAAAUGCAGUGCUGUGCAAAAUACUGGGGAUUUCUCGUCUCCAGGUCAGUCAAUCGCCUCGCGCGCUCAACAAAUCGUCAACAGUUUGAAAGACUGCUUAUUCGGAACCACCAAGUUUUUGAACCUAUUUGCGGAUUACGGACAUCUGUGGUUUUCCAGUCGAGAAAAAUUGAGAGAAUUUUGCCAAGGCAUGACGACUUUGCUGAGAGACAUAUAGGACCAGGUGAAAAGGGAAAAAAGGAGAUGCUGAGUAGUAUUGGGCUUGAGUCCAUUGAGGAGUUGAUAGAAAAGACCCUUCCAGCGUCUAUCCGCUUGCAGAGAGCUAUGAAAAUGGAUGACCCCAUCUGUGAAAAUGAAAUUCUUGAGUCUCUUCAGAAGAUUGCAUCCAAGAACAAGUUAUGGAGGUCUUAUAUUGGCAUGGGCUAUUAUAAUUGCGCCGUACCACCAGUGAUUCAGAGAAAUCUGCUGGAAAACUCAGGAUGGGUGACUCAGUACACACCCUACCAGCCAGAGGUUGCGCAAGGGCGCCUAGAAAGCUUACUGAACUACCAGACCAUGGUGUGUGACCUAACUGGAUUAGCGGUAGCUAAUGCCUCUCUCCUAGAUGAGGGUACAGCUGCUGCAGAGGCCAUGCAGCUCUGUCACAGACAAAAUAAAAGGAGGACUUUCUAUAUUGACCCACGCUGCCACCCACAGACUAUUGCAGUUGUUCAGACUCGAGCAAAUUACAUAGGUGUGAAUACUGUACUGAAACUACCCCAUGAGAUGGACUUCAGUGGGAAGGAUGUGAGCGGUGUUCUCUUCCAGUACCCAGACACAGAGGGCCGUGUUGAAGACUUCACUGCUUUAGUUGAUCGAGCGCAUAAGGGUGGAGCCCUGGCAUGUUGUGCCACAGAUCUAUUAGCCCUCUGUGUUCUGCGACCACCUGGGGAAUUUGGGGUGGAUGUGGCCCUGGGAAGUGCUCAGCGGUUUGGAGUCCCUCUUUGUUAUGGUGGGCCUCAUGCAGCCUUUUUCUCGGUCAAAGAAAACCUUGUUCGCAUGAUGCCUGGCAGGAUGGUGGGCGUGACGAGAGAUGCUGCUGGUAAGGAAGUCUAUCGUUUGGCUCUGCAGACCAGAGAACAGCAUAUUCGGAGAGACAAGGCAACUAGUAACAUCUGUACAGCUCAGGCUCUUCUUGCUAACAUGGCUGCUAUGUUUGCUGUGUACCAUGGACCGCAAGGUCUGCGGCACAUUGCUGAGAGGACUCACAAUGCUACCUUGAUCCUGUCUGAAGGGCUAAAGCGUGCAGGUCACAAACUACAGCAUGAAAUGUUCUUCGACACCUUAAAAAUCCACUGUAGUGUGGCCGCCAAAGACAUCUUGGAAAGAGCAGUUCAGCGCGAGAUCAAUUUACGAGUUUACAGUGAAGAAGUGCUUGGAGUUUCCCUGGAUGAGACGGUGACUGAAAGGGAUUUGGAUGAUCUUCUUUGGGUGUUUGGCUGUGAAUCUUCAGCUGAACUCAUUGCUGAGAAAAUGAGUGGACUAAUGAAGGGACUUCUGGGAAGUCCUUUCAAGAGGACCAGCAAGUACCUCAACCAUCUUGUGUUUAACAGUUACCACUCUGAGACCAAUAUUGUGAGAUAUAUGAAGCGUCUAGAGAACAAAGACAUUUCUCUUGUGCAUAGUAUGAUUCCACUUGGGUCUUGUACAAUGAAAUUGAACAGCUCAUCAGAACUGAUGCCAAUCACUUGGAGAGAAUUUGCAAAUAUCCACCCGUUUGUACCACUGAACCAAGCUGAAGGUUAUCAACAGCUGUUCCGUCAGCUGGAGAAAGAUCUUUGUGAGAUUACUGGCUAUGACAAGAUCUCAUUUCAACCCAACAGUGGUGCUCAAGGAGAAUAUGCUGGCCUUGCUGCCAUCAAAGCCUAUCUAAAUUCCAAAGGGGAGUCACAUAGGACGGUAUGCCUGAUCCCUAAAUCAGCCCAUGGUACUAAUCCUGCAAGUGCCCAGAUGGCUGGUAUGAAGGUUCAGGUGGUAGAGGUGGAUAAAGAUGGAAGCAUUGAUGUGGCUCACUUGAAGGCCAUGGUGGACAAACACAAGUCUAAAUUAGCUGCCAUGAUGAUCACAUAUCCUUCCACUAAUGGUGUGUUUGAAGAGAAUGUCAGGGAAGUGUGUGAGCUCAUUCACCAGAAUGGUGGCCAGGUGUAUUUGGAUGGUGCGAACAUGAAUGCUCAGGUAGGUUUAUGCCGCCCUGGGGAUUAUGGAUCCGAUGUGUCUCAUCUCAACCUUCAUAAAACCUUCUGUAUUCCUCACGGUGGUGGAGGCCCAGGAAUGGGACCUAUUGGAGUGAAGGAACAUCUGGCACCUUUUCUACCCAGUCACCCUGUGGUGCCUAUGACAUCAGGUGAUACUGUAAGCUCUUUGGGGACAAUAAGUGCUGCUCCAUGGGGUUCGAGUGCCAUCUUGCCAAUAUCAUGGGCAUAUAUAAAGAUGAUGGGUGCCAGAGGUCUGAUGCAUGCUACAGAGGUGGCCAUUCUUAAUGCUAACUACAUGGCAAAGAGAUUAGAAAGCCAUUACAAGGUGCUGUUCAGAGGAUUAAGAGGGUUUGUUGCUCAUGAAUUCAUUUUGGAUGUUCGACCAUUCAAAAAGACUGCAAAUAUUGAGGCUGUGGAUGUGGCGAAAAGACUGCAAGAUUAUGGUUUUCAUGCUCCUACUAUGUCAUGGCCUGUAGCUGGCACUCUGAUGAUUGAACCCACAGAGUCUGAGGAUAAGGCAGAGAUGGACCGGUUCUGUGAUGCCUUAAUGGCCAUAAGACAGGAAAUAGCAGACAUUGAAGAGGGCAGAAUGGACUCUCGAAUCAACCCACUCAAGAUGGCGCCACAUUCCCUAGCAUGUAUAGCAUCAUCCACAUGGGACAGACCCUAUUCCAGAGAGUAUGCUGCUUUCCCUAUGCCAUUUGUGAGACCUGAAACGAAAUUUUGGCCAACAAUUUCAAGGAUUGAUGACAUCUAUGGUGACCAGCAUUUAGUCUGCACCUGCCCACCAAUGGACACAUAUGAAUCCCCUUAUGAGGAAAGGGCUUCAUCCUAGAGUCAUUUGGGAUCACACACCCACACAUUCCUUUCAAAUAUAUUUUUUAUAAGUGUGUUGUGCAGUCUCCAUGUUCUACUUUUGAUAAAGAGAACUUGAUUUAAAAAAAUAACUUAACUUUUAAGUUUUACUCUGCAUGUAUAUAUGAUGAAUGGUUCUCAACCCUUCCCCUGAAGUCAAAAAUGACUACCGUAAAACUUCAAAUAAAAGCUGAGUUCCAAAUAGACAGUCUCUUUUACACGCCUGGUGUGGCUACAGGUUUGGAUAAAUAAAGGCCAGUCUCAAAUAAAAUACAGUAAAGCGAUUUUGGAAUGUAAAAUCCCAGGCUAUUAUUUGAAGUUAUACGGGAAUAUACAUUUCACAUACUCAUUCACAUAGCUUAUAUCUUUUUAUAAGUUUUUUUAGCCUAAUCUCAAGUAAUUUAGCUUCCUUCAAGUACAACCUGUAAAAAUAAAUAAGAAAUCUGACAAAAUGA